AUGACACAAAAAUUGACCCAAAUGGACAGGAGAGUGUUUUCUUUAGAGAGCAAAUUAAGCGAAACUAACAGUAAACUUAUAGAAAUUGAGGCCAGCAGGCAUUUUGACAGCCAAUUAUGUGAUGAAAUAAGGUCAAAACAGGUCGAUAUUGAUCAAAUGAUCAGAGAUGAAACACGGAAAUACACACAAAUAGCUAAAGACUAUGAUAAUCUCAAACAGGAAAACAAUCGUUUAUCGGAGGAAAUGCUAGACAUUCAAUCCAGAUCAAUGAGAGACAAUUUGUUAUUUUUCAACUUUGAAGAAUGUAAGGUUCCCGAAGAGCGUAAAGCAGAAGACUGUCGCAAAAAGUUACUUGAUUUUUUUGCAACAGACCUUGGAAUACAAGAAGCCCAAACGUCAAUCAAAAUCGAUCGUGCUCAUCGUGUAGGCAGUUACGCCAUUGGAAAGAUUCGUCCAAUUGUAGGAAAGUUCAAUUCGUCUGUGGACAAAUAUGAUAUCAAACAAAAGAUAAACGAAAAACGCGGGACAAUACAUAUAAAAGCCGGAGACCAGUAUCCAAAAGUCAUCCAGGAACGCAGAAGAGCCCUGAUACCAGAACUUAUCAAGGCAAAAGAAGCAAAUAAACAUGCUGUGUUAAGCUAUGAUAAGUUGUUCAUAGACGGCAAACGCUUUACCCCUGAUGCAAGUUCUCAAUAG